GACUUCAAGUUUUUUUUGCGCGUGGUGUCUCUGUGGUAGUGAUUUACAAAUCUAUCUAUCAAAUCAAAUCGAAAAAACGAGAAGAACAGAGAAAAUUAGUUGAAUCGCAAUAUGGCUGGGAGAGCUCCGAUCCCUGCUCGCAACUCUGCCCUCAUUGCAAUGAUCGCCGAUGAGGACACUGUAGUUGGAUUUUUGAUGGCUGGAGUUGGUAAUGUUGACAUAAGGAGGAAGACAAAUUACCUCAUCGUGGAUUCAAAGACAACUGUGAGACAAAUUGAGGAUGCUUUCAAGGAAUUCUCUGCAAGGGAUGAUAUCGCUAUCAUUCUUUUAAGCCAAUAUAUUGCCAAUAUGAUCCGGUUCUUGGUGGACAGCUACAACAAGCCAGUUCCUGCAAUCUUGGAGAUCCCUUCCAAGGACCAUCCCUAUGAUCCUGCUCAUGAUUCAGUUCUUUCCCGUGUCAAGUACCUCUUCUCUGCAGAAUCCGUGUCACAGCGUUAAACAUAUACGUUCUGCCUUCUUGUUGAGCCUAUAUCAUUUGUUUGCUUUUGUUAUUCUUGUAUUUCUCUUUCCGCAACCAAAAAAUUCACAAUAAUGUAAAACUCUUGAUUUUUAUUUGGAGAUGGAUGUUAUAAUAUUAAGAAUCAAUGGUGGUCU